UCGAGUGGAACGCAAUAUGACAGAAGAGAACGCAUAACCGGCACAGUACAUAUGCCCAGCCGCCUAUGAAGACUCCCUUGGGCUCUGCUUUUGGCGUACUUUCACAUGCACCCUCUCUUCCACUCCGAAAACAGCACGACCUUUUAGUUUUAUCGCCAUCGUGUUUCUCGCAAUUACUACGUUCCCUGCCUAUUUCUCUGUAAUCUCUUUUACAGCAUGACGUAGUGGCAUAUCAAAAUCACGACUUUGCGAAGUGGAAGAGGCGAGACUGACUGUACAAGAAGUUCUCAGUUAUCGACAACUUCCUAGAGGAACAGAGGAACGAAUUUGCUCAAUGGCGCUUCGUUUCGAGAUUCUUGGGAGAUUCAAUCGUGCUCGUGCAGCCCAACUAACACUCCCGCACUUUGUGUGCCAGACGCCCCUGUUUAUGCCUGUGGGUACGCAAGGGACUAUCAAAGGGUUGGCUACUAGCCAGCUUGAGGAGAUUGGUUGCCAAAUAAUACUGGGAAAUACCUAUCAUUUGGCGCUUCGUCCUACUUCUGAGCUUAUUGAUGAAUUGGGGGGUCUUCACAAAUUUAUGAACUGGCCCAGAGCAUUGCUUACAGAUUCUGGUGGCUUUCAAAUGGUGUCGUUGUUGCAUUUAGCUGAUAUCACUGAAAAGGGAGUUACAUUUCAGUCACCAGUUGAUGGAAAGCCCAUGCUCCUAACACCUGAGGAAUCAAUCCAAAUCCAAAACAGAAUUGGCGCAGAUAUUAUUAUGGCUCUUGAUGAUGUUGUGAGAACAACCAUUACUGGCCCACGUAUAGAGGAAGCCAUGUAUCGCACUCUUAGAUGGAUAGACAGGUGCAUAGCAGCUCACAGUAGACCACACGAGCAGAAUUUGUUUGGUAUUGUACAAGGUGGAUUAGACCCCGUGCUAAGGGAUAUAUGUGUUAGAGGCUUGGUCGAUCGGAAUUUACCCGGCUAUGCUAUUGGUGGCCUUGCAGGAGGUGAAAGUAAAGAUUCAUUUUGGCGUGUUGUUGCUCAGUGUACUGCUGCAUUACCUGAGGACAAACCACGAUACGUUAUGGGUGUUGGUUAUCCACUGGAUAUUGUAGUUUGCAGUGCUUUAGGGGCUGACAUGUAUGACUGUGUUUAUCCUACUCGUACUGCUCGCUUUGGCACAGCUCUUGUACCUGAGGGAGUGCUGAAGCUAAAACACAAGGCAAUGGCUGACGAUACUCGCCCCAUUGAUCCUACUUGUGCUUGUAUGGUCUGCAAGAAUUAUUCUAGGGCCUACAUUCAUUGUCUUGUUACAAAAGAUGCCAUGGGAUCUCAGCUUUUGUCAUAUCACAAUCUGUACUACAUGAUGAAGCUUAGCCGAGAUCUACACACAUCCAUAGUUGAGGAAAGGUUUCCAGAGUUUGUAUGCACGUUUUUGCUGAAAAUGUUUCCUGAAGGAAAUGUCCCUGAAUGGGUAUGCAAUGCCAUGGAGGUUGCUGGAAUUGAUAUCUCUUCCUGCUGUGCUCCCUUUUCAUCAUCUCAAGAUUUAGAGUCAUAAAAGAUACCCAAAAGGAGGUAGGCUUAUAUUGAGUUCAACUUGAAAGAAGUUGAGGAGAAAUCUAACGAAUAGAUUAUAACACGGGUGCAGCAUAAGUUUUGUAGCUCAUUUUGUGCUGCUUCACAUGGAUUUAUGCCCCAAAGAGAACAUUUUUGUAGUGUCUUGUUGAAUUUAUUUGGUAUGCACACCUCGAGAUUAAUUUUCGUCACUUUCAUUUCAACUUUGAGGCCUCAAAGGGGUAAAGUUUUUGUUUAAUGGAGGUUAAUUUUGUUGCUCGCUUCUUUCCUCA